CGAUUAGUGAUUUGAUUUGUUUCUGGAGCCAUAGAUUUCUACAGCGGGGUGGAGUCUUGGAUGCUUGCACCUUGACAACCAGGCAGUUGAAUGGUGCAAAACCAAUUCCGGGACAGCAUCUUACUUGUACCGGCUUUUCCCAUACCUGCCUCUCGGGUCUCGAACAAGGCAUGCGGCGUCUGCAGUGUUACUCACUGUAUUUUUGAAAUUCACAACCAUUCAAAGACUUGUGGACUAAGGGUUGGCAUGGGUCAGCAGCAUGUGGCAAACAACCAACCAAAAACGCAUACGGUACGAAGGCCUGGAGAAAAAAAAAAAAAACAGAGAGUUAAAGGAAGCAUCCAAGGCAUCGUAGAGGUAGGUAAAACUCGCGGUAACCACAUUGCAAUGCAACCCUUGUCCAAAGACGGCAACCCCAGAUUUCAUUCCAUUCUCGGUAUUUAAACCCAUGGUUCAAACAAACCUGACUCGGGACUACUCAUGUGCCCCUAAUAUUGCAGCUUACUUUUGGUAGGUUAAAUACGCAGUGCAACUACGACAACUUGCACAUUUGGCAGCUUAAUGUUCUCUCAUCAUCGAUCGAGAUUUGGAAAUUAUAUGAAAAGAAAGAGCAGAAGAAAAGUUGACAAGCGAUCCUGUUGUUUGACUACCUGAUCUGUUCCAGUGGUUCGAUACCUAGCCUUAAGGCAACACGCAGAGCAGCGAGCUAGCAAGCAUUAGGGGGCCCCCUUUGGCCAGCGCUUGCUGCGGGGCAGUACAGCUAUCACCAACCGAAUGGUUUCUUGUACCUAGGUACCUACGCACCUAAAAACCUACCUUUACCGACUUGCCUGCCGCCUGGAUUCUCUUUACCUUGCCGGGUAUUGGGAUUGGAUCUCAUCUCAACCACCUGCAAACUGUCUGAACCUACCUACCUACCUACCUACCUACGUGUUUGUUGGCUGACCACUCUUUGUGUGUGGGUUGUGUGUGCUACUACCAACAGUUAGCCAACAGACAGAACGGCCAGACAGGCAGUCAGACACCUCACAAACCACAGCCUACAUAGUCAACCCCAUGCCCCUUGACAGCUUCGCAGACGGUCUGAAAGGAUACUAGCCCACCAGGUUCUGACCUGCCUUUUUUUUCUUCUUUUUUUUUCUCUCUCUUUUUACGCUCUCCGCCACAAUCCAGCAGCUAUAUCCAGGGAAGCAGCAGCUGGCAGAAAGGGCAGAGAUAGGAUAAAGCAUAAAUCGUUGGGGAGCCGCUUUUGCUCUUGUUUUUCAGCUCAACGUCUUCGGAGCAGUGGGCCAUUUUUUGCUGUCUAACUCGUUAUUCGACCUAUUUACCACUCACGCACUAGGUACCGACCUAAGUAAGGUGUGCUGGGCUACCUUUCUUCAUUCCGCCCAUUCUGUCAUACUACUCUACUUGGCCCACCCACACGGACGCAAAGCCGGGCAGAAAGUAUAUGCGAGCCAUCAGUAGAUUUACGCGCACGACUAACAAGGCGCUCUUCAACAACCUUUUUGGAACUUCUUCUCUUCCCGCCAAAAAAGAAACCAAAUACUCACUGUUUGGUUCGAAUUCAUCCAAUUCGAGUUUUAAGAGCAGCAACUUUGGGGGUACGUGGGAGUUCGAGUGAUCGAGUCUCUGUCUGGGAGCGAGAGAGCGGUGGGUGAAAAUGGCGGUGGCAUCAGAGGACUCAUUACCGACGCUCAAGGUAUUGCUGGUUGGGUCGUCAAACGUCGGAAAGUCUGCCUUACUCACGAGGUACUGCCACGACAAGUUCGAGCCAGAAGAUGCAGCAGCAACAAUUGGAAUUGACUACAAGCGGAAAAGGCUAGCUGUCUAUGGAAAAGCAUACCAGCUCAAUCUGUUUGAUACUGCUGGCCAGGAACGAUUUCGAACCUUAUCGACAAGCUACUACAGGGGGGCACACGGGGUAAUAAUUGCAUAUGACAUCUCGAAUAGGAGGUCAUUCGCGGAGCUAGGGAGAUGGUUUGACGAGGUCAAGUCAAACACCGUGGCUGAGAUUGCGCUGUUCCUGGUGGGCACGAAGCUCGACAUUGCCCCAACAAAUAGGGCCGUGUCAUACGAGGAAGGUCUCGCCUUGGCGCAGGCCAAUGGAGCGCAGUUCUGCGAGGCCAGUUCCAAGACGCGAGAGAACGUACGAAAACCGUUCGUCGACAUUGUCAACCGCAUCGUACAGGAGCCGGUACUGCUGAAGAAAGUCAACGCAUCCCGCAACAGUUUGGGCACCGUAAAGGUCAAUAAGGCAAGCGCCGAAGAUGCCUCGUGGCUAUCCUGUGCGUGUUGAUAUAAACCACGAGUCGCAAGAGAGGGAGAACAGAAUGGGGGCAAACAUGGAGGGAGGCAGCGUUAGCCAGUUGCUUAAUCCCAACAGCCUUGUAAUGUGUAUUUCCAACAAAGACUGCAGGAGCGUCACGGAAAGGUGAAAAUGUUGGUUCUAUUCUUAAUUUUCUUUCUCUCUUUUAUUUGCCAGGUACUGUCAUGGGAUGAUAGAGAUGCGCACCUGAACGCAUGAUACCCGGGCUCUUUUUGGCUUUAUUUUUAUUUUUAUUUUAUUUUUGGAUCCCGUCAACGGAGAGAGGGUCUAUCUUUUUCGACAGUAUUGUUUUCGUUGUAAAACCCCCUUCCAGGAGCCCAUCCCAGCUCAUGUUUGCCAGAGGCAUUCGGUAGUAUUAAUGGUACAAUUGUUACAUUUAUA